CUUUUACAAACUUAAAAAACAAAAACCAUUCAAAACCCCACAACCCCUUUUCUGCAACUCACGAUCAAAAACCCCCAAAUCCGUCGCUUCCCUGCAACAGGUUCUCACGCUCUCGGUCGCCGCUUCCCUGCAACGGUCGCUCUCUCUCGGUCGCCGCUUCCCUGCAACGGCCUCUCUCUCGGUCGCCGCUUCCCUGCCACUCUCUCGGUCGCAGGUCGGUCGCCGCUUCCCUGCAACAGUGAUUCUGUUGGUGGGGUGAAACCACUGCAAAUGAGUACUAUGGAAGAGGGGUACAAGCCUCCAGCAGAAUUUCAAGUGGAUGCCAAGGACCCGCUUAUUGACAUCUCUUUGACGGAUUCAACUGAGCUUUGGCUCAUCCAAUGGCCGAUUAAUCAACCUCCUGAUUACGAUGGGCAAGAGUUAUCGCUCAAGCUGCAUCAUGAUGGACAGUUUGGAAGUUUUGAGAGUUCCUCUGGAAAAUCAUACAAAUUGGUUAGCUUUGCAGCACAAGAACCAGAUGCUACAGUUUUCCUAUCCUCUCCGUCAGAGUCGAAAGUUGUUGGAAAGAUUUCAAGGCGGGUUUCUUUAGUCCAUUACCCAGAACCUACAGAGUUGGAGAAACCUGUUUCCAAUUAUCCAAGCCAAUUGAGUCAGAGAUCUGGGACUUCUUCCUAUUCAUCGCAUCCCAUGGCAACUCCAUCCAACAGUCGCAAACAGAGAAGCCCACACUCAAGGAGUGGAAUGUCACAUAGUAUUGCGACACCUUCGGUUAGUAGUAGACAGAAAAAUUCACUGAUUGAAAGUGAGGUGACAUCAAGAAGUGCCAAGAAAAGAAGAACUGUGGAGUCCACAACAGCAUCCAUGGAUCGAUCAACCCGAGAUUCAGGAGCAGGUCGGAGUGAUGUUACUUCUUUGGGUUCUUCUGAAAAUUCUCAUCAAAGAAAAUCGAGGAAGAUAUUUAAAGAAGAGCAGUGAUUUUCUUUGCCCCAGGGUCUAGCUUCCCAAUAGAAGAAAAAUGACUUGUGUACCUUGGGGCUGCAAAGGCAAAUGCUUCUUUGAGGGGCCCAACCAUGGCUGUGUUGUGGGCUAAUAUUUUUUUAUCCCUGUUUUAUUGAGAAGUUUAUUUUAGUGGUUCCAUGUUGCAGUUUUCAGUUGCAUCAGAUCACCUCAAUGGGUUGGAUGGUUGAACACCGACAUUUUAGUGAAUCAACAAGAAUUUUGUUUCUCACAGGAAUCAAGAGUAAUAGCAAGGAGAUCUGUCUUAUUA